AUGUACAGUUUUGUAUUCAUCUAUAAUGUCUAUUGUGUACCCGAUUUGGGUUUCAAACUAUUUAUGGGUCGACCGAACGAUAGACACGGCUUUAUUAGACCACCGAUUCUUAAACCAGUGGAUCAGUUCACUCGACAACCGGAGGAUCAAUGGUUUGAGCAGAGAGUCGAUCACUUCAAUAAACAGGACGACAAAACUUUCAAACAGCUCUAUUACAUAGAUGAUUCCCAUUAUAAAACUGGUGGACCAGUAUUUCUCAUGAUCAGCGGUGAAUCAGAACUGGAUGCGGCUUAUCUGACUACCGCCUCAUUUAUGGGACAAAUGGCCAAAAAGUACGGCGCUUUGGCCGUCACGUUAGAGCACCGGUAUUUUGGCCGAUCAGUUCCCACACCAGACCUGUCCACUGGAAAUCUCAAAUACUUGACCAUUGAAUUAGCGCUCAAAGACUUGGAACAGUUUGCGCUGUAUUUGACCAAAAAGUUAUCGCUUGAAGGCAGCAAAUGGGUUGUGUUCGGGGGCUCGUAUGCGGGCAAACUAGCAUCAUGGUUUAGGCAAAAGUACCCACAUAUAGCUGCCGGUGCCGUAGCGUCGAGCGCACCGGUCGGCUCUACUUACGACUGUACGGGCUAUUUGAGAGUUGUUGGCGAAGCGGUGGGUAAAGAGUGCUCCGAUAAUAUCAGGAAAGCAAAUCUGGAGAUUGAAAACCUGUUGAAAACACCGGAAGGUGUGAUACAAUUGCGCAAAACAUUGAAUUUGUGCCAAUCGUUUGACGGCAAGAAUAUCAAUGAUAAUCGGUAUUUGUCGUCACUCUUGGGAAUGACUGUCGUAAUGCACGUCCAGUACAACACAGGCGUCGAUAAGAUUGUUAAGACAAUGAACGACCCCUCAGGCGGUACACCACUGGAAAGGUAUGCAAAACUACAACUCGUGGGCCAAACACUCGACUGCGUUGAAGUGAAUCAUAACAAGUAUGUCGUGUCCCUACAAAAUACAACCAUUGAUCGCAAGGGAAUGAUGAGACAAUGGACUUAUAUGACGUGCACUGAAUUCGCCGACUUUCCCACCACUGACGCACCGGACAGUCCGUUUGGACACAACCUGCCCGUCGAGUAUUACGCCCAACAGUGCACCGAUAUAUUUGGCCCACAAAUAACGGCCCAAACUAUACAGAGAGCGGUCAACCAGACAGUUGCCACAUACGGGGGCCUAAAACCAAACGUAACUAACGUUGUGUUCCCUAACGGGUCGGUUGACCCCUGGAAGUCCAUCGGUGUCCUCAACGACCUAAACAAUAGCACAAAAGCCGUUAUACUUGAAAACUACGGUCACGGCGGGGAUAUGGUUGCCUCGACCCCUACGGAUCCCCCGACCAUGAUUAAUGCACAUAAAUUAAUUGAACAACAAAUCAUUAAUUAUAACAUGUUCCUGAAAACAUAUCAAAUUAAGAGACAAAUUAAAGUUUUUGUUUUUGUAUGCAAUGCUUACAGCGAAACCAAUGGUGGUUUCAAACUAUUUAAUGGUCGACCCAAUGAUAGAUACGGUUUUGUUAGACCACCAGUUAUUACAUGGAAUCAGUUCAUUGCCGAACAGUUUUAUGAUCAAAAAGUUGAUUACUUUAAUAAACAAGACAACAGAACUUUUAAACAGAUGUAUUAUGUAGAUGAUUCUCAUUAUAAAACUGGUGGACCGGUAUUUCUUAUGAUUAGUGGUGAGAGUUUUGCGAGUCCUAUUUGGGUGUCAAAUGCAACAUAUAUGGGAGAAAUGGCCAAAAAGUACGGCGCGUUGGCAGUGGUGUUAGAGCACCGGUAUUACGGAAAAUCCAUUCCCACACCAGACCUGUCCACUCAAAACCUGAAAUACUUGUCGAGUGAAAUGGCACUCAAAGACACGGAACAGUUUGCACUGUAUUUGACCAAAAAGUUAUCACUUGAAGGUAACAAAUGGGUUGUGUUCGGGGGCUCGUAUGCGGGUAAUCUCUACCCAAACAUAGCUGUCGGUGCCAUAGCGUCGAGCGCACCCGUCAGAGCGGCAGUCGAUGCUAUGGAGUUUUUGGGCGUUACGAGUGAGUCGUUGGGAAAGGAGUGCUCCGAAAAUAUAAGGAAAGCCUCACUAGAGAUGAACGAGCUCCUGAAAACACCGGAAGGUGUGACCAAAUUACGCAAAAUAUUGAAUUUAUGCGACACUUUUGACGGCAAAAACGUUAAUAAUAAUCGUUUUCUGGCGGAGCAAAUGAUGUGGACUAUUGUUAGCAACGCUCUGUCCAAGACUGGCAUCGAUAAGAUCCGCGGUAUAAUGAAUGACACAUCAAUUGGCACACCAUUGGAAAGGUAUAGCAAAGUGACCGAAAUGAUAGGCAGCUCUAUAUGUCACGACUACCACUACUCACAUCGUAUCGCACCCUUGAAAAACACAACCAUAGAUCCCAUGGGGUUUCAACUGAUGAGACAAUGGAUAUAUCAGACGUGCACUGAAUUUGGUUACUAUCAGUCGAGUGAUCUCCCGAACAGUCCCUUCGAACACAACAUUCCCGUCGAGUAUUAUACCCAACAGUGCGCUCAGGUAUACGGACCACAGUUUACGCCACAAAGCAUACAGAAAGCGGUCGACCGGACGAAUGCCUAUUACGGGGGUCUUAAGCCAAACGUGACAAACGUGGUGUUCCCUAACGGGUCACUCGACCCCUGGCACUCACUCAGUGUCCUUAAAGACCUCAAUAAUAGUACCAAAGCUGUUAUGAUUGAAGGCGGGGAUCAUUGCAGUGAUAUGUGGGCCUCGACUUCAAACGAUUCCGAGAGUUUGAAAAACGCUCACAAAUUAAUUGAUCAACAAAUCGGCGAAUAUUUGAAAUAA